AUGGUUUGGUCAACAAACGCCGGGAUCCUUGGAGAGAGUUGUUCUGCAGUUGAUUGUCGAGAGACCGAAAUCAUCAAAAUAUUGGACAUUAAUCUGCUGGGCGCAAUAAAUUGUGCACAAUUGGUUGCAAAGAAAAUGAUUGAUGCCAAAGUAAAAGGAUCUAUCGUGAAUAUUUCAAGUGUGGCCGGAAUAGGUGCUUGUUAUUCUUACUUGCCGUACAAUGUUUCGAAAGCAGGGCUGGAUAUGGUCACUAAACAAUUUGCACUGGAACUUGGACCAUACCAGAUAAGGGUUAAUUCGGUCAAUCCUGCGACUGUCGUGACGCCUAUGGUUACAAAUCUAAAGAAUACCGCAAAGGGUUUAACUUCCCAAACACCUAUGGGUAGAGUUGCAAAGGUUGAGGAAGUUGUUUGGCCGGUAUUGUACCUUCUUAGUGACUAUUCAAGUAUGGUUACUGGACAGUUGCAUCCGGUUGACGGAGGACUGCUGUCCAAUAUAGCGGUGAAAUAUGAUUUUUCUAAAUGA